AUGUCUUCGUUCCCACCGCCUCCUCCCCCUCCCGGAUGGGGCCCCCCUCCACCGCCGCCGACACCACCUCCACCCGGCCCUUCCUCACUUCCUCCCCCUCCAGCCAUCCCGGCACCGCCCCCGCCGGGUUACCGCCCCCCGACCGACCCUCAGAUCGCAAAGUUCGCGCAAAAGAAGAAGGAAUGGCUCCGCUCCCAGCGCAGUCGAUUUGGAGAGAAGAGGAAGGGAGGCUUCGUGGAGACCCAAAAGGCCGACAUGCCCCCGGAGCACUUGCGGAAGAUCGUCAAGGACAUUGGCGAUGUUUCGCAGAAGAAGUACACCAGCGAUAAGCGCAGCUACCUUGGCGCUCUGAAAUUCAUGCCGCAUGCAGUCAUGAAGCUUCUCGAGAACAUGCCGAUGCCGUGGGAAUCGGCUCGGGAGGUCAGGGUGCUGUACCACGUCAACGGGUGUCUGACGCUCGUCAACGAGAUACCGCGCGUCAUCGAGCCAGUUUUCUUUGCCCAGUGGGCUACGAUGUGGACCACAAUGCGGAAGGAAAAGAGAGACAGGAGACUGUUCAAGCGCAUGCGAUUCCCGCCGUUCGACGACGAGGAGCCUCCUUUGUCCUGGUCGGAAAACAUCGAGGACGUUGAACCACUGGAGCCUAUCCAAAUGGACCUCGACGAGGACGAAGAGGCCGCCGUCUACGAAUGGUUUUACGACCACCAGCCGCUUCUCGACACGUCACACGUCAACGGAUCGAGCUAUAAGAAAUGGAACCUCAAUCUCCCCCAGAUGGCCAACCUGUACCGCCUGAGCCGGCCGCUGGUAUCCGACAUCGUUGACCGGAAUUACUUUUACCUUUUCGAGCUGAAGAGCUUCCUGACGGGCAAGGCGCUGAACGUGGCGCUGCCGGGUGGCCCUCGCUUUGAGCCGCUCUACAAGGAUAUCGACCCGAACGAUGAAGAUUUUGGCGAGUUCAAUACCAUGGACCGCAUCAUUUUCCGGAACCCCAUUCGGACUGAGUGCCGUGUGUCGUAUCCGUACCUCUACAAUGCGCUUCCGCGUAGUGUGCAUCUCUCCUGGCACUCCCACCCGCAGGUCGUAUACCACAGGUCCGAAGGCCCCGACCUCCCUGCCUUCUACUUCGACUCAAACAUCAAUCCGAUCUCGUCUCGUGCUGUGGCGCCGAAAAACACCACAGUCAGCCAUGAGGAUGAGUUGUUUGGUCCGGGAAAUAUUGAGGAACCAGAGGAAGAAGCAUUUGAGCUCCCGGCGGGUGUCGAGCCAUUCCUCGUUGAUGACGACUUGUCCACCGACGACACGGCGUCGGCCAUUGAGUUGUGGUGGGCACCCUUUCCCUUUGACCGCCGGUCCGGCCGCAUGGUGAGAGCCCAAGAUGUGCCUCUCAUUAAGCACUUCUAUUUGGAGCAUUGCCCGCCAAAGCAGCCUGUGAAGGUCCGAGUGUCGUACCAGAAGCUGCUCAAGACCUAUGUGCUCAAUGAGCUACACAAAAAGAGGCCCAAGUCACUGCAAAAACAGAACCUCCUCGCAACGUUAAAACAGACCAAGUUUUUCCAGCAGACAACAAUCGACUGGGUGGAAGCCGGGCUUCAAGUGUGCCGUCAAGGCUUCAACAUGCUCAAUUUGCUGAUCCACCGCAAAAACCUGACGUAUCUCCAUCUCGACUAUAACUUCAAUCUGAAGCCUGUCAAGACCCUGACGACCAAGGAACGGAAAAAGUCGCGGUUUGGGAAUGCCUUCCACCUGAUGCGUGAGAUCCUGCGCUUGACUAAGCUCAUCGUGGACUCUCAUGUCCAAUACCGGUUGGGCAACAUCGAUGCCUUCCAACUUGCGGAUGGCAUCUUGUAUGCGUUUAACCAUGUCGGGCAACUGACUGGCAUGUACCGGUACAAGUACAAGCUCAUGCACCAAAUCCGCUCUUGCAAGGACAUCAAGCAUCUGAUCUACUACCGGUUCAACACUGGUUCCGUCGGUAAGGGCCCGGGUUGUGGGUUUUGGGCUCCUGCUUGGAGAGUUUGGCUAUUCUUCAUGCGUGGCAUCAUCCCGCUUCUAGAACGUUGGCUUGGCAAUUUGCUCUCGCGCCAGUUCGAAGGCCGUCACAGCAAGGGUGUCGCCAAGACGGUGACGAAGCAGCGUGUCGAAUCGCAUUUCGACCUGGAGCUGCGUGCAUCGGUUAUGGCCGAUCUAAUGGACAUGAUGCCGGAAGGUAUCAAACAGAACAAGGUCAACACCGUCCUCCAACAUCUCUCCGAGGCCUGGAGGUGCUGGAAGAGCAACAUUCCUUGGAAAGUUCCGGGUCUGCCUGCUGCCAUUGAGAACAUCAUUCUGAGAUAUGUGAAGUCGAAAGCCGACUGGUGGAUCUCGGUGGCACACUACAACCGCGAGCGCAUCAGGAGAGGCGCUACCGUCGACAAGACCGUGGCCAAAAAGAACGUCGGUCGCCUCACCCGUUUGUGGCUCAAGGCUGAGCAGGAGAGGCAGCAUAAUCACAUGAAGGACGGCCCGUACGUCUCGUCUGAAGAGGCCGUUGCGAUUUACACCACCACCGUCCAUUGGCUCGAGGCAAGAAAAUUCUCACCUAUUCCCUUCCCCAGCGUCUCCUACAAACACGACACUAAGAUCCUCAUUUUGGCUCUCGAACGGUUGCGCGAGUCGUAUUCAACCAAGGGGCGGUUAAAUCAGAGCCAGCGGGAGGAACUGGCCUUGAUCGAGCAGGCCUACGACAGCCCAGGCACCACUCUAGAGCGGAUCAAGCGCUUCCUUCUCACGCAGCGUGCAUUCAAGGAGGUUGGCAUCGACAUGAACGACAACUACAGCACCAUAAAUCCAGUGUACGACAUCGAGCCGAUUGAGAAGAUUAGUGACGCCUACCUCGACCAGUACCUUUGGUACCAGGCCGACCAACGCCAUCUCUUCCCCGCCUGGAUCAAACCGUCCGAUUCCGAAGUUCCCCCGCUUCUGGUCUACAAGUGGGCUCAGGGCAUCAACAACCUCGACAAGGUCUGGCAAACCUCGGACGGGGAGUGCAACGUCAUGAUCGAAACGCAGCUGUCCAAGGUCUACGAAAAGAUUGAGCUUACUCUACUGAACUCUCUCUUGCGUUUAAUCAUGGACCACAACUUGGCUGACUACAUUACGGCCAAAAACAACGUGACGUUGACAUACAAGGACAUGAGCCACGUCAACAGCUACGGCAUGAUCCGUGGUCUGCAGUUCUCGGCAUUCGUAUUCCAGUACUAUGGCCUGAUACUCGACCUCCUCCUCCUUGGUCCUCAGCGAGCCAGCGAAAUUGCUGGGCCCCCGCAGAGCCCCAAUGACUUCCUUCAAUUUCAGGAUCGCGAGACGGAAACGAGACAUCCUAUCCGGCUGUACACCAGAUACAUUGACAAGAUAUGGGUGUUCCUGCGCUUCACGGCCGACGAAUCGCGAGAUCUCAUUCAACGGUUCCUGACGGAGCAACCCGAUCCGAACUUUGAGAACGUCAUCGGCUACAAGAGCAAGAAGUGCUGGCCCAGAGACUCGCGCAUGCGGCUGAUGAGGCACGAUGUGAACCUUGGCAGGGCCGUCUUCUGGGAUCUCAAAAACCGACUCCCGCGGUCAGUGACAACGGUUGAGUGGGAAGACACGUUUGCGAGCGUCUACAGCCGCGACAAUCCCAACCUUUUAUUCGCCAUGUGCGGGUUUGAGGUGCGGAUCCUGCCCAAGAUCCGCAAUCAGAACGACGAAUUCCCAGUGAAAGACAGCGUGUGGUCGCUCGUGGACAACACAACGAAGGAGCGGACUGCCCACGCCUUCCUCCAGGUGACCGAGGAGGACAUUCAGAAGUUCAACAACCGCAUCCGCCAGAUCUUGAUGUCGUCCGGGUCCACGACUUUCACCAAAAUUGCCAACAAGUGGAACACCGCUCUUAUCGCCCUGUUUACUUACUACCGUGAGGCGGCGGUCUCAACCGUUAAUUUGCUCGACACCAUCGUCAAAUGCGAGACCAAGAUCCAGACCCGAGUCAAGAUUGGCCUGAACUCCAAGAUGCCCUCGCGUUUCCCACCGGCCGUGUUCUACACACCAAAGGAACUCGGUGGUCUUGGCAUGAUUUCAGGCUCCCACAUUUUGAUUCCCGCGAGCGACAAACGGUGGUCCAAACAAACCGACGUUGGCGUCACGCACUACCGUGCGGGUAUGUCUCACGACGAAGAAACCCUGAUCCCCAACAUCUUCCGCUACAUCAUCCCAUGGGAGGCCGAGUUCAUCGACUCUCAGCGCGUCUGGACCGAGUACUCACAGAAGCGUCUCGAGGCCAACCAGCAAAACCGAAGGCUCACCCUAGAGGAUUUGGAGGACAGUUGGGAUCGUGGUUUGCCUCGCAUCAACACUCUGUUCCAGAAGGAUCGCAGCACUCUGAGCUUUGACAAGGGCUUCCGCACCCGGUCAGAGUUCAAGAUCUACCAACUGAUGAAGAGCAACCCGUUCUGGUGGACAAGCCAGAGGCACGAUGGCAAGCUGUGGAACUUGAACGCCUACAGGACGGAUGUCAUCCAGGCAUUAGGUGGUGUCGAAAUCAUCUUGGAGCAUACGCUAUUCAAGGCAACCGGGUUCCCGUCCUGGGAAGGUCUCUUCUGGGAAAGGGCCUCGGGUUUCGAGCAGUCCAUGCAAUUCAAGAAACUGACCAACGCCCAACGGUCCGGUUUGAACCAAAUUCCCAACCGUCGUUUUACCCUCUGGUGGUCCCCCACAAUCAACCGAGCCAACGUCUACGUGGGGUUCCAGGUGCAGCUUGACCUCACGGGUAUCUUCCUGCACGGCAAGAUUCCUACGUUGAAGAUCUCGCUCAUUCAGAUCUUCCGUGCCCAUUUGUGGCAGAAGAUCCAUGAGUCUGUGGUCAUGGAUCUUUGCCAGGCCUUUGACCAAGAGCUAGAGGCGUUGAGUAUCGAGUCGGUACAGAAGGAAACGAUUCAUCCCAGAAAGUCGUACAAGAUGAACAGCUCUUGUGCAGAUAUCCAGCUGUUUGCCAGCCACAAAUGGAAUGUCACCCGACCGUCACUGCUUUUCGACAACAAGGACACAAUCGAAGCUACGACGACGAGCAAGUUCUGGAUCGAUGUGCAGCUCCGGUACGGUGAUUACGACUCUCACAAUAUUGAGCGGUACGUCAGAGCGAAGUACCUCGAUUACACCACCGACAGCAUGAGUCUGUACCCAUCCCCGACGGGUCUAAUGAUCGGCAUCGAUCUCGCAUACAACCUUUACUCGGCGUACGGGCAGUACUUCCCCGGCUUGAAAACCCUGGUUCAGCAAACCAUGACCAAAAUCAUGAAGGCCAACCCCGCGCUCUAUGUCCUGCGUGAGCGUAUCCGCAAGGGUCUGCAACUCUACGCGUCCGAGAGCAACCAAGAGUUCCUGAACUCGCAAAACUACUCGGAGCUGUUUAGUAACCAGACGCAGCUGUUCAUUGACGACACCAAUGUCUACCGUGUCACCAUCCACAAGACCUUUGAAGGCAACUUGACGACGAAGCCUAUCAACGGUGCAAUCUUCAUCUUCAACCCCCGGACUGGUCAGCUCUUCCUGAAGAUCAUUCAUACCAGCGUGUGGGCGGGGCAAAAGCGUCUUGGGCAGUUAGCCAAAUGGAAGACCGCCGAAGAAGUGGCGGCGUUGAUUCGGUCUUUGCCCGUCGAAGAGCAGCCGAAACAGCUCAUCGUCACGCGCAAGGGUCUGCUUGAUCCUCUCGAAGUCAACCUCUUGGAUUUCCCCAACAUUUCGAUUCGUGCCUCCGAACUGCAGUUGCCUUUCCAGGCUGCCAUGAAGGUUGAGAAGCUUGGUGACAUGAUUCUGCGUGCCACGGAACCUCAGAUGGUGCUCUUCAACCUCUACGACGAGUGGCUCAAGAGCAUCUCCUCGUAUACGGCUUUCUCCCGUCUGAUCCUUAUCUUGAGGGCGCUUCAUGUCAACCAAGAUAAGACAAAGCUUCUGCUCCGUCCCGACAAGACCGUGAUCACCCAGGAUCAUCACAUCUGGCCGUCUCUCUCAGACGAUGACUGGAUCAAGGUCGAAAUGCAGCUCCGCGACUUGAUUCUUAACGACUACGGUAAGAAGAACAACGUCAACGUAUCGAGUCUGACGACGAGCGAAGUCCGCGACAUCAUCCUCGGUAUGGAGAUCUCGGCCCCUUCGCUGCAAAGGCAGCAGGCGGCCGAAAUUGAGAAGCAACAACAAGAGCAGCAGCAGCUCACCGCAGUAACGACCAAGACGCAAAAUGUCCACGGCGAGGAGAUCAUCGUCACGACGACCUCGCAGUUCGAACAGCAGACAUUCGCGUCUAAGACCGAGUGGCGCACGCGCGCCAUCGCCACGUCGAAUUUGCGUACGCGUGCCAACAACAUGUAUGUGGCACCUAUGGACAGCGAUGUGGAUGAGAUCACGUACGUGAUGCCCAAGAAUAUCCUCAAGAAGUUCAUCACCAUCGCCGACCUGCGCGUGCAGGUUGCCGGGUACCUGUACGGGUCCUCCCCGGCCGACAACGACCAGGUCAAAGAAAUCAAGUGCAUCGUCAUGGUGCCCCAAAUAGGUGGGCUCCGCGAGGUCCAACUGCCGCACCACCUGCCCCAUCACGAGUUGCUGAAGGAUCUGGAGCCGCUCGGCCUCAUCCACACUCAGUCAGGAAACGAGCUGCCCUACAUGUCUGCCAUGGACGUGACCAAGCAUGCCCGCAUGGUCGACAACCACAGCACCUGGGAUGAGCAGCGCACACUCACCGUUGCCGUGUCCUUCACGCCGGGCAGUGUCUCCCUCUCCGCCUGGGCGCUCACGCCGCAGGGGUACAAGUGGGGUGCAGAGAACAAGGACACGGGCAGUGACCAGCCGCAGGGCUUCUCGACGGCCAUGGGCGAACGGCGGCAGCUGCUACUAAGCGACAAGUUCCGCGGUUUCUUUCUGGUGCCCGACUCGGGCAAAUGGAACUACAGCUUUAUGGGCAGUGCGUUUGGUGGGUUGGAGAAGAAGACAGUGCCUGUCAAGCUGGAUACGCCCAUGCCGUUCUACAGUGAUCAGCACCGCCCGAUUCACUUUGCAAGCUUCAAUGAGCUAGAGGAUAUUUGGGUGGAUAGGCAGGACAACUUUGCGUAG